AUGAGCAUGGACUUUGUGUUUGGCCUACCGCGCGAUGCGGCAGGCAACACUAGGAUUGUGGUCUUUGUUGACCGACUGAGCAAGAUGGCUCACUUAGCGGCUGUGCCGGACUCCAUUGAUGGAGAUGGAACAGCAAAGCUGUUCAUGGAUCGUGUGUUUCUACAACAAGGAUUGCCUGUGGCAAUCGUCUCGGAUAGAGACCCCCGUUUUACGGGCAAGUUUUAG